CAACGGCCAUAAAAAUAAGUAUCAAAUAAAAAAUGGCUUAAGUGUGCGCACUCAGAGAGUGUACCUACGUAUGUGCGUGCGUAUGUAUGUGGGUGCCUUUAGAUAGGUAAGUGUGCGUGUAAGUUCGAGUGCUACAACUCCGAUAACGGCAGUUCGGUCUGACCUUUUUAGCUUUUACUGCCCUCUGUGCACCUUGUAGCGACAGUUGCUCGGUCGGUCGGUCGGUCGGUUGGCGGCGGGGUGCUUAUACUGUCAUUUGGUGUAUAACCGUUAUCGAAGCGUGUAAUUCGUACAAACCCUAGCGCUGCAAAUCGGUAAAUGUCUUCGUGCAGACUUGUCAAUCGAAACACAAAUGGAAAGUGAUUUUAACGGUGAUAAGUAAUUGAAAGGAAUUGAAGUUUUUUCGGUUAUAUGUAUGUAUGUAUGAUUAAAUAUACAUACAUAGCUAGUUUGUAUACUUGUGCGGCGGCGAAAUCUCAAGCACCAUAACUACUAAUCAAUGAAAAAAUGGUAACGAUGACUUCAGAGGUGGACAAAACGCAAACUUCAAUCGUCUUGGCUGCCAAGUCGGCAGCCGAAAGCGCCGCCGCCAGUGCAAGCAGUCCAAUUGGUGGCGAGGAGAUGGGCCACCGCCAACGCAUAGCGCUUGAGGGCGGUGACAAUGGUGAGGUUGCGGUGCAAACGCUUACAGCAAGCAAAGUAACGAGCGGCGAUGAUUGUAAUGAAGUGCCGGAAAAAAUCGCAAUCACAACAACAACUACAACAAAUAUGAAGCCAUUGGAGUUGUCAAGUGUGACAAUUUCGAUUGAAUUGGCGAGCGAGGAUGACUCCUCAACAGCUGCGACGCCUGCCACGGCCGCUGAAGCAGCUAUAUGUACAACAAUAACACCGGCCAUACCGGUGAUGCCAACCACACCGCAAGGAGCAACGCCCAAAACGGUAGCUACGCCCGACGUAGCGCCACCGCCUGCCACACCUACGAAUACAGUAAAUAUAUCAGCAACAACACCAACAGCAACAGCUGUAGAAGCGCCAGCAGCAAUAACUGCUACAACCACAAAAAGAGAGAAAACAACUGCAAGCGUUGAAGCGGCGGCCGCCACCAAAUGUAACGUAAAAACUACCGUUGCAGACACCACUAGUUUCACAUUAACUGAAAAUAUUGUUGGCAAAAGCGAAAACCGCAACAACGACCAGAACACUACAACAAGUACCACAACAACAUUUACAGCAGCAAGCGUUAAAACAAUUGCCACGGUUGCAAGCGGCAAAACAAUAGUAUCCACCAGCACCACCACCACAUCAUCACCAAUACCAUCAACGUCAACGCCAAAGGUGAAUUUCAACAUGAAUAGCGCCAACAGCACCACAAGCAAUAGCACGUGUACCUCGAGUACGAACAGCACCAGCAGUGUGACCAGCAUGUCUACGCCGGCUGCCGUGGGUGGCAUCACUGGCAAUGGUAAUGGCAAUACUGCCGCCAGUACUGGUCUGGGCGUGAGCAACAGUCACUAUCAUCAUCAACAUCAUCAGCAGCAACAGCAGCAAAGCGCUCAACAUGGGAAAUCGUCGGCCAGCAGUGGCAGCGGCGGCGGCGCGGACGGCUCCCAUACUGCGUUGCCAGGAGCGAAGUCGUCACUCACCACUGGCGCCAUUCUAAAUCACCCACAACAGCGUCGCAACGAAGAUGCGCCCAAUAUUCUGGUGUACAAAAAGUAUGGCUUUCUUGCAAACCCACAGAUGGAAGCAAUUAUUGAGAAGAUGCAAGCGGAAUCGACGGGUGUGGCGGUACGCACCGUCAAAGCCUUUAUGAGCAAAGUGCCGUCGGUCUUUACCGGUGCCGAUUUAGUCGCUUGGAUACUAAAGAACUUAGAUGUUGAAGAUGUGACUGAAGCAUUGCAUUUUGCGCAUUUGCUUGCAUCACAUGGCUACAUUUUCCCAAUCGAUGAUCAUCAGUUGACUGUGAAAAACGAUGGCACUUUUUAUAGAUUUCAAACACCCUACUUCUGGCCAUCAAAUUGCUGGGAGCCGGAGAACACAGAUUAUGCCGUGUAUCUGUGCAAGCGCACGAUGCAGAACAAAACCCGACUGGAAUUGGCCGAUUACGAAGCGGAAAACUUAGCCAAACUUCAGAAGAUGUUCUCACGCAAAUGGGAAUUCAUAUUCAUGCAGGCGGAGUCACAAAGCAAAGUGGCCAAAAAACGUGAUAAGCUCGAGCGCAAAGUAUUGGACUCACAGGAGCGCGCCUUCUGGGAUGUGCACCGACCAAUGCCAGGCUGUGUAAAUACAACCGAAAUCGACAUUAAGAAAGCAUAUCGACGUGGCGGUCACGGUUGCGGCACUUCCGGCGGUGCCGUGGCCAAGAAUCCCGUCGAACAGGUGACGCGUGUGAUUGGUUUGCGCAAACAAAAGCUCGAGCGGCGCACAAUAAAAGUGUCAAAGGCAGCCGAAGCUUUGGUUGCCUACUACGAGCAAUACAAUGAAUUUGAUUACUUUAUAACUUCACCAGAGUUGCCAAAUCCUUGGCAAACGGACAGCACUGAAAUGUGGGAUGCGGAACGUAACUCAAAAGAAGUACCUUUGCGUCAUGUAAAACGUUGGGGCUUCAGUUUACGUGAGCUACUAAACGAUCCAGUUGGACGUGAGCAAUUCACGAAAUUUCUCGAAAAGGAAUACAGUGGCGAGAAUUUAAAGUUUUGGGAGUCGGUGCAACAGAUGAAAACACUACCACAAUCUGAAAUCAAAGAAGCAAUACACAAAAUCUGGCAAGAGUUUCUCGCACCCGACGCACCCUGUCCGGUGAAUGUGGACUCGAAAUCAGUGGAAUUGGCACGUGAGGCGGUCAACGCCACGAAUGGGCCGAAUCGCUGGUGUUUCGACGUGGCCGCUGCGCAUGUCUAUCACCUCAUGAAGAGUGAUUCCUAUUCCCGUUAUUUGCGCUCGGAUAUGUAUAAAGAUUAUUUGAACUGUUCGCGUAAGAAAAUCAAAUCAAUACCAAAUUUAUUCGGUGUGAAGCGUUAGGCUAAGCAUAGAGAGAACUCUAUUGAUAAUGAGGGCGUGAUUUAUUGACGUAGUAAAUGAAAUUGUUUAACUAAUAAUGUACUUUAUACCGUCAUACAGCUUGUUAUUUUUAACUAUGCAGCUUAAAAGCUACGGAUUAUUGA